AUGGCGCCAUGUGUCCCUCAGAAACUGGUGUCCUCUUUCGACUGUGACAUGAGAGUGGCUUCCCUCACCUGGGAAGCAAGUGAAAAUGCUGAGAUGUACCUGGUGUCUGCGGAAUCUGAUAGCGGUCACCAGGUGGAACUCUCAACAAAUGCCACAAGUGCACAAUUCUCCGAGUUCAACUGUGGUCAGCAAUACUAUCUGACUGUGCAAGCUGUGGGAAAUGUAUGUAGAAGCGUCCCCAGUAAUUCUUCAGUACUCAAGACAGAGCCCUGUACUCCAGCAGUUGUCGUUGGCUUUAUGGACUGCAUCUCCAACAUUGCUACUGUAUCUUGGGAGUUAGCUGAAGGUGCAGAAUACUACACAGCAACAGUUCAUGGCCCAGAUGGUCCUUUGGAAACAUGCAUGUCCUGGUCAUCAAGUUGUGGCAUGCCCAAACUGUCCUGCGGUGAAGCAUACAAUGUUAGCGUGAUUGCCUCCAGUCGCCAAUGUAAAUCAAUACCAAGUGCGCUGAGCUAUCUCAACUCAGUGCCCUGUGUUCCUACAGGUGUGUCUGUGGUGCUGGACUGUGAUACUGCCGAGGCGCAUGUGUCUUGGAAUGCAAGCAUUGGGGCGUUGAAAUAUGUUGCUUAUUCAUGGAGCAGAACAUUCAACUUCAUAUCCUGCGAGACCUCUGGGCCUGUUACACAUUGCACGCUUAGUGAUCUCACAUGUGGAGAUAAUUACACUGUUCAGGUGAUUGCUGUUGGAGAUGAAUGCACCAGUUUGCCCAGUCAGGCAGAAAACUUCCGCACAGGUAUUUUUAUGCUUGUCUAG